AUGUCCCGGAACCAAUAUCCUCAACCAUCGGUCUUCGCGCUCGACAUUUUCGGCCUUAAGUCAAGUCGACUGUUGGUCCUGGCAUUGAUGCGGAAUCGUCAACAGCUAUCACCAACGGACUUGCAAGGGUGGAAGGACGUUGCGGCCCGUAGGUGGGCGAUGACCGCCAAGACCGCGGGCAAUCUGAUCUUCGUGGGUUUAGUGCCGGGAUGUGGUCGGCGGGCAAUAUGCCGCAGGCAUCAAUGGGAGGUACAAUCGCGACCAGACUACCAACCGCCUAUCCAUCUCUGCUUCAACAAACCAAGAGCCAAGCAUCGUCACGAUCCCUUCUUGCCCGCCAACGUCCCCAUUCGGACAAGACUCCUCAACGCGUACCACGCCGGCCCCAGGUUCGCCAGAUAUGGCGCCAUGCCCCCUGCUAUUGUCUGCGAGACUGGCCAAGUCGAGGGCCCAGUCUGCGUCUGCUGCGACUAA